AUGUCCACAGAAGCGAAGAGAUCUACCGAGUCAAGACAAGCUGCGCUAGUCGUCGAAUCCAAGGAUCCCAAGGAGCAAUCGAGCUCCACUGAAACGGGGCCAAUCGACGAGUCAAUAGCCUCGUCAGCCGCCUCUCCAAAUACGUUGAGUUACGUUACCGCAAGCGACUUCGACGUACAACAAGACUCGUUCGAGACUUGUGUGGAGGGUGACGAAGAUAGCUCCUUUGCGACGUGCAAAGAACGUGACGAGGAGCUCGAGAAGUCGCUCGCAAAUUGA